AUGCAGGACGACCAGGGCCAAACAAUUAAGUACCAGAAGACCGAGGCUGUAGAGUGCCUCCUCAAGGCCGGCACUCGCACUGUUGAUGUGAACCUCCAAGACAAGGCCGGUAUGACGGCUUUACAUCAUGCUAGCAAAGAGUCCUAUCGAGAAGGCACAGAACAACUGUUGUGCUGUGAGCGAAUCGACGUCAACGUAGCCGACAGCCGGGGCAAAACGCCGCAAGACUAUGUUGUCGAUGACACCAUACGAGAUCUCUUUGUCGAGCGCAUUACCACAGUUGUUGUCAAGUCCCAGCAGGUGGCAAGCAGUCAGUGGCAUGUCUGCCACUUGCACCAGGUGAGAAUUUUCCAUGUCAUCUUGUUCAUUGUGAGAUUUCUCCCACCAAGCUUAUUGAUGUAUGUGAUUGCAGUGAUGUUGUUGCAUUGA